AUGAUACGUAUACUACCGAUAAUACUGAGCUCAUUGCUGGUAGCUGCCCACGGCGAUCAUUCAUUCGAUCUGGACGAUCUCAACGACGCGGGUCUAUCUUACGCUGAGAGGCAUAUGCAUACAGAACAUCACAUAGAUUCCUUCGACCUCGAGUCAUUCUUCAAAUUACACGAUCUAGAUAUGAAUGGGUUCUGGGACGUAGCUGAGAUCGAAGCUGUAUAUGGAUUACAUCACCAUUCAGUGAAAGAUAAGAUAAAACAGCCUGAAUUGGUAGAUGCAAGGACGAAAGUGGUAGUAGAUAAAGUCCUGGAAAAGUUGGAUACGAACAAUGAUGGUAAAGUAUCGUUGGCUGAAUUUAUGGCGGGAGGUACAGAGGGAUUACCGAGCUUUGAGGGAUACAAGGAUUUAGGGCACCACUACGAUGAGGAAUCGGAAUACUUCUUGCAUCAUGAAGAGCUCUACCACUCAACACCGGAAACGCAGACUGACGAAUCAUAUACACAUCCUGAGGAUAUUGAACAUUUCAGACACCACGCCGAAAUAGAAGAUGCAGAGGACGAGCGCGAACGUAAAUUCGAGGGUCUAUCGGACGACGCGGAUUUAUCAAAAGAUCAUGUUGCCCAUGAUCCCCUGGAUGUUCAUUCGCACUUACCAGGCGAUGGUCCUUCGGAUGUUCCUCCUCAGCCUGAAUCAACCCUCAAGCCAGGAGACGAAGUCGAUCCGCCUCCUCAGCAAAAGAUACAAAGGGUUGAUCCGCUAGCUCAACCUCAGAGGAUACUGAAAGCUAAUAGCGAACAGGUCAAGAAAGAAGAGUGGGAUUCGGCCAAACAAGCUGCUCAGGGUGAGAAGUAUGAGGGACAUGGUAGACCAAGGAAUUCUCAGGAAAGAUUGAAAUCUGGUGUACCCUAUAAGUACAAGAUGAGAAAAGGUCUACGUUCCGACGAAUUCUAG